AUUCUUUUCAUCGCUAUUGGGUCUGGAGUCAUGGGAAACUACAUUACCCCAACUGCACCUGCUUCAGUUAAUACCUAGGACGCACUGAACAGGUUUUUUUUGACGGAUUGACGGAAGACAGGAUGUAAACCUGUCCAUGACACUAAGGGCAAUGGAAGAUCCCAAAACCAUUCAGAGGAGGUUUGAAGCGGCUGUUAAAGUGAUCCGAAGUUUACCUGAAGAUGGCUCCUAUGACCUGUCUGAUGAUAUGCUGGUUAUGUUCUACAGUUACUACAAACAAGCUACAGCGGGACCAUGUAACACCUCGAAACCAAACUAUUGGGAUCCUAUUGGCAAAGCUAAAUGUGUUCUUUGCAGGGAGGCAUGGAAAACCUUAGGAAACAUGUCGAAGGACCAAGCCAUGGUGGAAUAUGUUCAGGAAAUACAGCUGAUAAUAGAAACCCUUCCGGUCACAGACAGGAUGGCAGAAUUAAUGGAUGCUCUUGACCCAUUUUAUGAGAUAGUGGAGGAUGAUGAUGAUGAUGAAGAUGCAGUGCGUAAAGCAGCACCCUUAUCCACAGAAAAAACUGAUGACGCCGCUGCUAAGAAAGCUGAAGAGGGGGAAAGUGAAGUUAAUGGGGAAAAUAAUGAAGAUGACAUUGAGAUGGAGGGGAGGAGGAAAGCUCUUUUCUAUUCUGCAGACUCGAGCACAUUUGCUGCAGAGAGAGGAGGUUUAUCUGUGUUUAAUGGAAGCGGGGAGAACAGCAUGUCUUCCUCAACCGAUGACUCUCACAGUUCUCUGAACUCAGAGGAGGAAGAGGAGGAACUGGCUUAUGAUGACUCAGGCGAUGAGAUAUACAGUGACUCAAUGGAGAAUACAGCAACACAAGAGAAGGGUUCAGGAGUUCCCAGGGUCCAGUUGGCAGAUGUGAGCGUGUCCGGGGCCCGCAUGCAACAAGGGGGAAACAGAGAGCCUCAGUGUGGGAGUCAGGAUGGAGAGCCGCAGGGAGCUGCGCUCCUCGCCCCCCACCCACCGACACUUGGACCGGUCCGGGCUGACAGAAUCUCAGCAGGCAGUGGAAGAGGUUGUCGGGUAACAGGAACUGACCUAUCGGAUGAACAUGAUAACUGUUGCCAAGGAAAUGGUCAGUGCUGCGAGAUGGCAGAGCGAGCGGACAAGCAGGCGUUUAAUCCGCAGAUCGCUGUGAUAUUGUCUCGGUUACAGGACAGCAUGCAGGACGUGCGGCACAGACUGACCGCACUGGAGCUUCUCGCAGCAGCACAAGCUGAAAUCCUUCCCCUCAAAAAUGAGUGCUCUAAGUCACCAAAAAAGAGGUUGGCCUGGUGGCCCUUAAACCUGUCCCCUAUCACUGUAGCUCUGAUAGUUAUCUGGCCCUUUGCUGUGCACUGGCUGGUGCAGUUUUACUUACAGAAAAGGAGGAGAUGGUUAAGAGUAAAGUGAAGAUUCAAGCGCAACUGCACAGCUCCUGAAGACUUUCAAGUGGUCUGGACGUGUCUUGAUAUUAACAACAGUGAAUAUUGUGAUGCCACACUGAGCCUCAGGACCUUAGUAAGACACUACUGUUUGGACGUUUGGGGGCAGUAAGAUUAAUACUUCAUUAAUACAAAGUAACAGUAAAAUCAGUCAGAAAUUGCAAACGAUUUCAAUUUCAAAUAAAUGCUGUUCUUUUGAACUUUCUAUUCAA